AUAACCUACUUAACUAACCCAACUUUAAAAAUUUUCAAAACUGGACGAAUUUUUUCUGUUUAUCGCUACCUAUAAAUUAAAAUCGCUUUUCUUCCUUCCGCAUACUCUUCUCAUGCCAAGAAACUUCGAGCAAGUUGAAUUAUGUCCAAAUUAAGAGAAUAUGUCGUUUCAAAUUGCGAGAAAAGUUUUUUGCUCAAAUGUUUAAAGGAGCACCAGAGAUUAGAUCAUAGGGCUUUCAAUGAGUUUCGUGAUAUUAGUAUUGAAUUUGGUAAAGAUUAUGGCUGUUGCUAUGUAUCAUUAGGUAAAACAAAAGUUCUAGCUCAGGUAUCAUGUGAAAUACAAGUACCUAAAUCAUCCAGGCCUAGUGAGGGUAUUUUGAAUGUUAAUAUUGAAUUGAAUCCCCUUGCAGCCCCUAAUUUUGAUCUCUCUAAUAAAACUGAUCUAUUUACCCAGUUAAAUAGAACUCUUGAGAAAUGUAUCAAAGAUUCAAAAGCUAUUGAUCUGGAAUCGCUUUGCAUCAAAAUGAGUGAGAAGGCUUGGGCAGUAAGAGUUGAUAUAAAUGUAUUGAAUCACGAGGGAAAUAUUUUAGAUUGUGCUUCCAUUGCAGCUUUAUCAGCAUUAUGUCAUUUUCGAAGACCAGAUAUUUCUUGUGACGGUGAUGAAUUUGUUGUUCUAAGAUAUGAUCAAAAGGAUCCUAUUCCCUUGGUGAUACACCAUUACCCAGUUUGCAUUACUUAUUCCAUAUUUGAAAGAGGGGAAUUUAUUUUAGCAGAUCCUACACUUUUGGAGGAAGGUGUUGCCGAUGCCUUCCUAAAUGUUGGAAUGAACGCAUAUAGGGAAUUGUGUGGUCUUCAUUUAGGAGGUAAAGCAGAAUUAACACCCGAUGUUUUGAUCAGGAUAACUCAGAUGGCUGGUGCUAGAGCCGCUAUUGUCGUUGAACAAAUAAAGAAGGCUGUCGAAUCUGACAAUGAGAAACGGUUAAGGAAAGAAAUGAUAGGAUUCCACAACAGUAUAAACAAAUCAACAGAAAUUCAGGAGGACCUUGAAUCCUGUUUCGAUUUAUGGAAAACUGUACCUAGGAAAAGGAAAACUGCAAAACAAGAAAAAAUCCAAAUGGAAGUGGAUAUGACAGAUGAUGCCGAUUCAUCUGGAAAUAAUUCUAGCAAAAUUGAACAGAAAGGUGAAGGCUCUGCUGUUUUGGUACCGGAGGAAUUCAAGCAAGUCGAUGAGGUUUGGGGUGAUAGCAGCGAAGAAGAUAACGAUGAGGAUGUAAUUGAGAUACCAAGGAAAAUUCAAGCAAUCUCUCUGAUCGAUUCUGAUAGUGAAGAAGAGACUACAGUGGUUUUAAACGCAACGAAAAAGAAAAAAAGGAAAGGAAAAAGUCACUCAGCACUACAAUAAUGAUUAACGCAAGAAGAUGAAGUUGCCAACUUUUAUUUUGAUGUCUAUAAAUCUACAAUAUAUCGAUCAAUUAAAUACUAUAGUUACAACUCUAAAAAUUACAAAUAAAACAAUUCGAUACUUUCUUA